AUGGCCACACCAACCCCCACCCACCUUGCAUAUCAGCAUGACGCAAAGCUCCUCACUCUCCAAACAACCAUCCAGUCCCUCCGCCCAUUCCCAGAAACCGAAGAAGCCAACCGUGCCCUCUUCAAAACAGCCACGGACGAUGACUUCGUCCUCGUGACCAAAGACACCAUCUUCCACCCCCAAGGCGGUGGCCAGCCCUCCGAUGAAGGCAACAUCUUCCCCGCGGGGGCAGACGAGACCACCACCGAAUCCGCAGUUCUGCAAGUACUCGCCGCACGCAUGGAUGCCGUGAACGACGGCCAGGUGCUGCAUCUCGUCCGCUGCACACCCACCACCAAUCUCGCCGCGCUGAGCCCCGGCACGCCGGUCCUCCAAGUCGUCGACGCCGCCAAACGCUUGCUAUACUCGCGCCUCCACACAGCCGGUCACGUCCUCGGCUCCGCGGUCCGCCACCUCCUGCAACACACCGUGCCCGGCUUCGACGAGCUCAAGGCCUCGCACUUCCCGGACAGUGCGUCGUGCGAGUUCCGCGGCAGCAUCGAUGGCAGCUACAAGGGGGCCAUCCAGGCGCAGGUCGACGAUUACAUUGCGCGGGCGAUGCCGGUGGAGAUUGAGUUCUGGGCGGAGGCGGAUUUCGCGCGCGAGGGAGUGUUGCAUUUGCUGCCGGACCGGGCGCUCCUAUCGCCGGGCCAGGAUAAGUUCCGGGUGGUGCGGAUUGUGGGCGCGGAGGUUUAUCCGUGUGGCGGGACGCAUGUGGAGAGGACGGAUCUGUGCGGGGAGACGGUUGUGAAGAAGAUCUCGCGGAGUAAGGGCCAGAGUCGGGUGAGUUAUGCGGUGGUAGAGUCCCAGGAUAAAUGUUGA